AUGCCUCAGGUUCGUCGGUGGUCUGAUCCGAUCGUCCCACACGCUGUGACGCGAUGUGGCAGAUCCAACAUCGCAGUACGUCCAGAGGGCGUUCAGGCCUGUCCCAGAGGGCGUUCAGGUCCAGAGGGCGCUCAGGCCUGUCCCAGAGGGCGUUCAGGUCCAGAGGGCGCUCAGGCCUGUCCCAGAGGGCGUUCAGGUCCAGAGGGCGUUCAGGCCUGUCCCAGAGGGCGUUCAGGUCCAGAGGGCGCUCAGGCCUGUCCCAGAGGGCGUUCAGGUCCAGAGGGCGCUCAGGCCUGUCCCAGAGGGCGUUCAGAUCCAGAGGGCGUUCAGGGCUGUCCCAGAGGGCGUUCAGGUCUGUCCCAGAGGGCGUUCAGGCCUGUCCCAGAGGGCGCUCAGGCCUGUCCCAGAGGGUGUUCAGGUCCAGAGGGCGUUCAGGCCUGUCCCAGAGGGCGUUCAGGUCCAGAGGGCGUUCAGGCCUGUCCCAGAGGGCGCUCAGGCCUGUCCCAGAGGGGGUUCAGGUCCAGAGGGCGUUCAGGCCUGUCCCAGAGGGCGUUCAGGCUUGUCUUUCUGCGCAAAAUUGCAGUGCGCCACCGUUCAUUAACCUCUCUAUCAGAGGGAAGGUUGGAUUCGUCAGAGCAGUUCUGGGCGGGGGACGGCAACGUGUGGGAUGGUCCGUGCUAUCUCCGUCUGUCUGAUGGCAAGUCUAGACUGCGCCGCAGGUGUAAUUGCAUUUGGGCCGAGAACUCCCUUUGCUGGAGCCAAUCCAGCUCCUUCCUCCACCAAACAGUGCCCUGGAAGACCUCUCUGUGGGCAGCUGGCGCCACCUGUGGGCCGGUCGCAGUUCAGCGCCAUUUUAGCGCAGAGCUGGAUUUCCUCCGACAUGUUCCCAAAAGCAAGGAUGAGAGACAUGAUAACCUUGAGCAAACAACUUGUAGGAUUUUUACCCGGAAAAUAUACAAUAAUCGCGCUAAUGCCCAUCUAUGACACACUGGCAAUCUCUGUCUGUUAUGUAUUUUCUCAAAAUUUGUGCACCUUUUACCUGUAUUUGUUAUUCUACAAUGUGAACUGAAUUGCUUCUUGCUGUUGUGAACAAAUUGUAUGUAAGAACAGUGUGUAUGUUGUACUGGAUAAUACCAUUCACUCCGUACUUAAAAAUGGAAAUGCAGAUCUUGA